AUGGAAGCAAGUUCGCAGGAGGAACUCAGGAUACCAUGCAGGACAGCCAAGGAAAAAAUACUUAAACACAAACUUGAUAAAAUGAAGGCAAGGCGCUGUGCUGAGAAUUCUAGAUACACAAAGGCCUUUUCAGACAAAGUAAUUAUGGAGAACCUGCUCACUUUGACAACUGUUGAAGAUGAGGCAGUGGACAAAAGCAGCUUUAAGACGUGCAACCAAAUUGCUUUCUAUAGACGUCAGAAAUGCUUGUGUCCUGGGAAGUCCUUAUAUCGAGCGUUGCUGGACACAGUGGAGUUAACCGAUAGUGGUGUCAAAUUCCAGAUUAUCAAUGAAGAGUGCGAGGUUCCUCUUUUAGUAGAACUUUAUGAAAUAGAGGGAAAUAUUUUCAGACUUAAAGUUAAUGAAAUAGCACCGUUGAAACCAAGAUAUCGAGUCCCUGAUGUUCUCAUAAAAGAGCCUGCCAACCUCAGGCUAACGAUAUCACAAAAAGAUGCAGGCGAGCUUGUGUUGUCUUGCUCCAGUGAAGACCAGCAGCUUUACAUCACAGCAAAUCCAUUUCAGAUACAGCUAGUUUCCAAUGAUGAGAUUGUAUUGAGCAUGAACACAAAUGGCCUGUUGUAUUUUGAGCACCUGCAGCAUCCACCACAAAUCAGGGAAUCUACAUUGCAGAAAAAGGCAGAUGGAUCAGCUGGCUCUUCUAAGGAAAAUCAAGAAGACUUGGGACAUUGGGAAGAAAAGUUUGGUAGUUUUUUAGACAUCAAAGCCAGUGGUCCCAGUUCUGUAGGCCUUGAUUUUUCUUUACAUGGAUAUGAGCAUGUCUAUGGAAUACCUCAACAUGCAGAGACUCUUCUGCUUAAAAACACCAGUGAUGACGAUGUCUACCGGCUUUAUAACCUGGAUGUCUUUGGAUACAAGAUCCACAGCAAAAUGGGCAUUUAUGGUUCAGUGCCAUUGCUCUUAGCACACAAACCAGACAGAACCAUUGGAAUCUUCUGGCUGAACUCCUCUGAAACUUUAGUGGAGAUGGCUACCAAAGCUGCAGUGGAGGCUGAGGUCUCUAGAACUCCUGACCUCUCAAAGCAGAGAGUGCUGCCUCAAACUGAUGUGCGCUGGAUGUCAGAAAGCGGAAUCAUUGAUACUUUCAUCCUAAUGGGGCCCCGUCCUUUUGAUGUUUUUAAGCAGUAUGCACAACUGACAGGCACCCAGUCCCUGCCUCCACUCUUCUCCCUCGGCUACCACCAGUGUCGCUGGAACUAUGAAGAUGAGAAUGAUGUAAAAGAGGUUGAUGCAGGGUUUGAUAAGUAUAGCAUCCCUUAUGAUGUUAUAUGGCUUGACAUUGAGCACACUGAUGGCAAGCGGUAUUUCACGUGGGAUAAGAAGAAGUUCUGUGAUCCUGACAGGAUGCAGAAGGAGCUUAUGAAGAAGAAACGCAAGCUGGUUGUCAUUGUGGACCCCCAUAUCAAGGCUGAUCCUCAGUAUGCUACAUAUGCACAAGCCAAAGAAAAAGGUUAUUUUGUAAAAGAUCGUACAGGCAAGGAUUUUGAGGGCCUCUGUUGGCCAGGUCUCUCAUCUUAUCUGGAUUUUACCAAUCCUAAUGUCCGAGAGUGGUAUGCAGACCAAUUUGCCUUCAAAAAUUAUAAGGAUUCUUCUGAGAUCCUUUUUGUCUGGAAUGAUAUGAAUGAGCCUUCAGUCUUCAGAGGGGUAGAAUUAACCAUGCAGAAGGAUGCUGUCCACCAUGGUGCUUGGGAGCAUCGGGAGGUUCAUAAUCUGUAUGGAUUUUACCAGCAAAUGGCAACUGCAGAAGGACUGACCAGGCGCAGCGGGGAUCUGGAGAGGCCCUUUGUCCUCACACGCUCUUUCUUCGCAGGAUCACAGAAGUAUGGCGCCGUAUGGACUGGAGACAACAAAGCAGAUUGGAGUUACUUGAAAAUCUCCAUUCCAAUGUUGCUUACAAUCAGCAUAGCAGGAAUUUCAUUCUGUGGAGCGGAUAUAGGUGGAUUUAUUGGAAAUCCAAGUCCGGAACUAUUGGUUCGAUGGUAUCAGGCUGGGGCACUCCAACCUUUCUUCAGAGGCCAUGCGAAUAUGCACACCAGGCGUCGAGAACCGUGGCUGUUUGGAAAAGAGAACACACAGAUUAUCAGAGAGGCUAUCAAGGAGCGCUACUCCCUCCUUCCUUAUCUAUAUUCACUCUUCUACCGAGCUCAUACUGCUGCUGAACCAGUCAUGAGGCCUCUCUGGGUAGAAUUCCCCAAGGAACUUAAAACUUUUGGCAUAGAAGAUGAGUAUAUGCUUGGAAAUGCUUUACUGGUGUAUCCAGUCACUGAACCAAAAGUCACCCCAGUUAAUGUCUUUCUGCCUGGUUCACAAGAGAUCUGGUAUGAUUUUCGAAGAUUUAGAAGGCUGGAAGGUCAAGGCACACUGAAGAUUCCAGUAACAUUGAAUAGUAUUCCUGUGAUUCAGCGUGGGGGAACUAUUAUACCACUAAAGAUUUCUGUUGGAAAAUCUACAGAAUGGAUGACAGAUGUCCCUUAUGAACUCCAUGCUGCCCUAGAUUAUAAGGAAUCUGCAACAGGUGAGCUGUACCUGGAUGAUGGCCAUUCGUUCCAGUAUCUCCAUAAGAUGCAGUUCCUGCUCAGGAAGUUCACCUUCCAUGAGAAUGUCUUCUCAUCCAGGUGUGCAGAUGAGAAGGGCCAGUUCCAUACAAAAUGUGUAGUUGAACAAGUACUGAUUUUGGGAAUUAAAAAGCAACCUUCUUCUGUGACAGCCAGAAUCCACGAUGGAAAAGACAAAGCAGUGGCUUUCACAUAUGAUGCCAAGAGCUCUGUAUUAACCCUAAAAAAGCUUUCAUUAAAUGUUAGCAUUGACUGGGAGUUGGAAAUCAAGUGAGAAGAUAAACUGAGGCUUCAGAGAAGUGUAUGAAAUAGCAGCUUGGAUGCCACUAAAAUUUCCC